AGGAACUCUGAAGCCGCCAAAGUUGGGCAUCACCAAGAAUACUUUUCCAGUGGUGGGCUACAGCAUGAAACUUUUCUGUCAAAUCCCGGAUAACAAAUUCCAGUCGGAACCCACUUUCACCUGGACUCGGCUCAACAAAGAUAACAGAACGGUUGAGACACUACCUGAACACCGUCGUGUUCAGUCGCACAUGUAUUAUACAAGUUACCUUCUCGUCCAAAACGUCACACUAGAGGACAGCGGAACAUACGAAUGCACAGUCAACACUGAAGGACGACCUCCCUUGCAGACGGCAACGUAUAUAAGUAUAAGAGAGAGUGAGGCUCCCUUCCUAAAGGUCAGCCCUGUCACACAAAACAUUACUCUCAGAGAAGGGGACCAACUGGUUUGGAAGCUCGAGGUUGAAAGUUUUCCUCCAUUCCCCAUAAUUCAGACAAGCAGCAAAUUCAACGUCACGCAGGACGAGGACGGCACAACCGAACUUAAGAAAGAAAGAGUGAAAUUUUAUGACUUCGGCGAGCACACGGUGAACAUAUCGACAAGGAGCCACUCACUCGGCGUCAAAACCGCUCAAGUUCACUUGUACCUGAAAGUCGAAAGGGAAACGAGGCUCUGGAUAUGGGUAAUAAACGCCUUCAUUUCGGAAUAUGACAUUGUCAUGAACAGGCCAAACUCCACGGGAACUAUAGGUUGCAAUGGUUUCGGGUAUCCUAUAGAGAACAUCACUUGGCAUUAUCAGUCCUGCCCUAUGGGUGAACAUGCCUCCAACCAUUCAGUGACCUAAAGUGUUCUCAGAUUACGUAUGCAGUACACAAGGAGGACCACCAUUAUUCCGAAUGCACGUUGUAGCUACAGAAUCUGCCAGGAUAAUAUGUCGGUCAGGAGAUAAAGUGGGAUUCCAAGGAUAUUGUGGUUUCAGAGUUCGCAGAUCUCUUGUCCUUCACGAACAAUGUCACCUGUACAAUAGAGGACCUAUCAGCAACUUCCUACUGCACCGUUAACGGAGACGGACAAUUUUCGCCUUGACUUGCGCAGCCUCCAAGUUUCUCUUUGAUUCCGUCGAGCUUCGGUUCUCGCCCACAGACGGGGAAGUGUUUUAUGGAGGUAAAGGAUUUCACUUUUUUAUCUUAAGCAAAAGGCUCACAGCUGCUUUCUUCGCGUAAGCUAGAAGGUGGCCCAGAAUUUGUGAAAAAAUGUUAGGAUGUCAAGGACGUCAG